AUGGGAAGCAAAGGAGGGUUCACCCUGCUCGGGCUCUUGAUCAUCCUUUCUGUCCUCUGUGAUUCAGGUCAUAGCCUGCAGUGCUACACCUGCCUCAACCCAGGUGGUGCGUGCACUCUCACCACCAACUGUACAGUUAAUUUUGAUGCAUGUCUCUACGUCAAAGCCGAGACACGAACAUACUACCAGUGUUGGAAGUUUCAGAACUGCAACUACGAAUACCUCUCAAAAAACUUAGGAGAGAAGACUCUACAGUACGAAUGCUGCCAGAAGGACCUGUGUAACAGAAGCGGUGGGACGAGCAUAACGGGCACCAUGGCUCUGCUGGUGGCUCCGCUGCUCACAGCAUUCUGGAGACUUCUUAUCUAA